AUGACUGUAUGGGCAAGACGAGCGGUUGUAUGUAUUUUCUACGGCACACAGCUCAUAUUGUGUUUGCUGGCAAAAAACUACUCCAAACUAUGGCGGUAUCUUGUUGAACCGAUGCUUCUAUGUUACAGUUUCAUCGCCAUCGGUUUGCUAACUUCCGAUUUCCUGACACCCAACUUAUCCAUCCUAUCAAAAGACAUACUGGGAAUCUCAGAGCGGGUCUCUGGAAUGACACUGCUGGCGCUUGGAAACUCAAUACCCGACAUAACCAGUACUUAUCAAUCGAUAAAAAAGAAUGCCACUCCGCUAGCUAUAGGUGAACUACUCGGCGCAAUCUUCUUUCUCGUCACAGUUGUCAUAGGGCUGAUGCCAAUGAUAAGACCAAUCGAUCUAUUUGAUGACAGUUCAUCGCUUCCAGUAUUAGGUAUGGAGGGAUCUGAAAUUCAGUCAAAUAAGAUGACGAAGCUGAGUUACAAGAGAUCUACGUUCAUGAAAGACUUACUCAUGUUUUCUUUCAUGAUACUAUUGUCACUUAUAUUUCUUUUCGAUGGCAGACUGAUGUUCUGGGAGUGCGCCUCUAUGACAGCAGUCUACAGUGUUUACGUGAUAUACUUGAUACGCCACAAAGAAGUACCAGAAGUAUCGUUCAGCUUGCCCGUUUCCGAAGGUGAUGACAUUGAGAGACUUGUAGAGGCGAAUUCUCAUGGUUUACCGCUUAAUAAUGAGGAGAAUGAUUCCAGCAUGUCGAGACUUAUGGAGACUUUACAGAAUCGAAAGAUUCAUCUAAGGGCCAAAAUUCGUCAGUAUUUGAGAGCAAACUAUGUGGGCUGCAUGAAACUUAAUCUACGUGAUACUUUGGAUUUAUGGGAAAGUAACGAACUCUUUGAUGACAAAGGUUUUUCGAAGCAACGCCAACCAGUUAUUAGAAGGAGUACGUCACAGCAAGAUUUUCGUCAACCAACUCCCACCAUAGAGGUUUCUUGUGACAAUCAGGAGAAUAGCCAUGGAGAUGAAACAACACCUCUAGUAUCCGCUGAUGACCAUGCAGGCAAUCUACUUAAGCCAAUUUGGCAUUCAAAAAGAAGGUCAUUGAGCGCAGAUCACUUAAUUUAUCUGGACAAUCGAUUUUCCAGUUCACAUUCUUCAGUGAGAAGUCUGCCUCAAAGCAGCAAUUCAAUAACUUCUAUUUCAGAACAAGAAACCAAUUCAUCUUCAGACACAAUUUUAAGAGGACCUUAUGAGGAUUUCUCGAUCUCUCUUCAACUAAUUGAGUUUUGUAAAGAUAAGAAGAUUACUAUGCCGGGUUGGGAGUUUGCCAUAAUGUUGGUCACAACACCAGUUAUUCUAAUUCUGACUUUCUUCAUCCCUGUACCACGCGAUCAGUUCCGUAAUACUUCUGGCUUGAGUAACGUUGCCGUAACUCAAAUCGGCUUUUGUCCAUUGGUAAUGUGUUAUCUCAUUACUGAGCAAAUACGCGUGAGUUUUGCCGUUGUUUCAAUAUUUUCGACAGUUAUACUGUUUUAUGCGAACAGUAGACAUCUACUGCAUGCAAUCUCGAAAUACACAUCAGCUGUAGCCUUUGUGCUAUCGCUAGCAGCAAUUACCUAUGCCGUAAAAUUUGUGGUCGCAACUUUGAAAAAUUGGGUUGAAUACUUCGAUGUCUCGGAGUCGAUUUUAGGCCUUACUGUAUUUGCUUGGGGUAACUCAAUUGGUGAUCUCGUUUCCAACAUAACCUUCACAAGAAUUGGUGUAUUGGACAUUGCACUAGGUGCCUGUUUUGGGGGCCCUUUAUUGUAUUUUUUAUUUGGAAUCGGAAUAGAUGGCAUGUUGAUAAUACCACGACAUUCGGAAAAUUUAGAUGAUUCUUUAUGGCGAAGAUAUAUUGAAUUUCAAGUUGAUCCAGUUUUGGUAGUAACUUGCGUCGGCUUACUCAUAGCCUUCGCAAUAUAUAUCAUUGUAAUACCCCUGAACUCCUGGAAAAUUGACAAAAAAGUGGGAUCACUAUUUUUGACGUUGUAUUGUAUCAUCACUGCAACUAAUAUAUUACUUGAAGUUAAAUAA